AAAAAUCAUAAAAAAAUUUAAAAAUGUCUCAAAAUCCUUCAAUAAAAAAAGAAUUAAAGCUAAGCAUGCCUUUUUAGCCUACCCUUACAUCAUAUCCACAAUCAUAUUCUAAUCAAAUUCCCUAUGCUUAAGCUUACUACCCUCCUCAAAAUUAAUAAAGUUAAUAACCAAUUGCUGUUUAAACAAAUGCUUUAGGCUCUUUAUCUCUUAUAGAAAAUAGCAAUAACUCUAGCCAACCAGAAAUAAAUUCACAAAUCAGAUAAUAGCCACCAACAACUACUCAAAAUAGACAAAAAAAAAAAUUAAACCUAUCUAGUACAAGCCAAUAAGCAUUUGUAUUAGAUCAAACUUUUGAAAAAAAAGUAUUAGAUUUAAUUAAUAUUAUAGGUGGAUGAAGAAUUAAGAAAAUUAGAGGAACAAAAAAAGCUAGAGGAAGAGAAGAAAUAAAAAGAAUAAGAAUAACAAAGAUUACAAGAGUUAAAAAAACCAAAGCCUUAUUCUAAAGAAGAUUUGAAAAAGUUAGUUGAUUUAAUAAAUGUAAUUUUUUAAAAUAAUCAUUUAGGAUUUCAGUGGAUAUUUUGAUUAACAGGAAUGGCAAAUUCUAAAGGAAAGAAAACACUUUACUAUUAAAGAAUUACAAAGCAAAACCUAAUAUAAAAAAGAAGGAAAGUCAAAUUCUUACAAUAAAUAACCAGCAAAACCAACUACAACUUCUGUAUAACCAUUUGAAAAAGAAAGAAAAUAGCCAGCAGCUGAUGCCCCACAACCAAAGAUUAUUAUUGUAAGAGUUGUUGAAGACAUUCAAACUAAAUAAUUAAAAGAUAAAAUGAAAAAAUAAGCAGAUGACUUUUUUUCUAAUUUAAAUUAAACUCCUGAAUAGAAAGAGUUAAUCUUUAAGGAACUUAGAUAUCGAUUAAAUUAAUUGGCACCAGAUAAUUUUGAAAUAACUGCUUAGAACAUUUUAAAGAUCAUAAUAGAAAAGUAAGUAUAUCAUUAAUUAAUUCUUAGUAAUCAUGAAAACGACUCGACUUAUUUAGAAUAUUUGGCAUAAAAGAUUAUCGAUAAAUCUUAAACUGAACCUAAAUAUAGAAAAUUAUAUACAAAACUAUGUUAAAUAUUAAUAAAGGAACCUCAACUUAUAUAAUAAAAAGAAAAAUCAGAUGGAAAGGUGAAAAGUGUUUCACUAUUUAAAAAUGGACUUUUAAACUAGGUUUAAUAAGUAUUUGAUGAAAGAAAAAAUAAGAAAGAAGAUCUUUCUCAUAUGAAACCUGAAGAAAGGGAAUAAUAUCAUUUAAUAAGAAAAUAAAAGAUUAUGGGAAGUAAGUAAUUUUAUAAAUAUAUUUAGAUGUACGUUUUAUUGGAGAUUUAUUUUUAUCUAAAUUACUUCCCAUUUUAGCUGUUGAUUCUGCUAUUAAAGAAUUGAUUUCAGAUUAUGUAUCUUAAUUUUAACCAAAUCAAGAAAAUAGUGAAGAAUCUAUUGAGGGUUUGAUUGAAUUAUUAGAUUAAAGUAAUUUUAUGUAAAAAUCUAUUUAGUCGGUGGAUAUUACAAAGUAUUAAAUACAACAGAUUUUGAUGUUUGGAAAAAGGAUCUAGAAUAAUACUUUGAUGGAACAAACAAGAAUUUAGAAGAUGCAAAAAAUUUCUUCUUAAAGAAAUUUGAUAAAAGUCUAUCUAUCGAAAUUAUUAUGGAAAUGUAUAAAUUAUGUUAAAUAUAUAAGACUUAAUUUAUUAAUAGCAAAGUAUAAACUUUCAUAAAGAAUUUCAAUGUUAAUAGAAAAUGUUUAAGAGAGGAAAAAUUAAGGUUGGAAGGAUCAUUAUAGUAAAUAAGAUUAAGCUUAGAGUGUAAAAACAAUUCAUCAAGAAUAAGAGAAGGAAAUUACUGAACAAAUUUAUAAUCAAAAUAAGAAUAAGAACAAGAAGCAUUAACCUUAGUAAAUACUUUAUGUUGAAAAAAAUUCAAGUUAAUAAUCAUAAAUUUAAUAAAAAUAAUAAUUAUUUGACUUAAAUGAAUUGGCAAUAUUUGUAUAAGGAACUUUUAAUAUGGAACCAUAAUAAUAGGAAGCAAAAUUAUUGGAAGAAUUAAAAAGAAUUGGAUCUUCAGAUGAGGCAAUAUACAAAUUCUUUGAAAUAUUCUUUGAAUACCUUCUUUCAUGUAUGAAAUUUGAUUAAUAACUUUAGAUAAAUUAUUAAAACGAAAUAUUGAAAGAGCAUAGAUGGUUUUUGAGUUAUUGAGUAGAGAAGAGGCUAAAGAGGAAAUUGUAAAGAAGACUACUUAGUAGGUAAGUGAAUAAUUAUAAUAAUUUUAGGCUUUAUACGAAGAUAAAGUCUAUACAUUGGCUGAAUCUCCAACAGCAAUUGAUUUAUUGGUCGAUAUCAUUGGAUAUUUCUUAAAUGAUCCAGAUAUCAAUUUAUUAAAGAAGUUGUACUUCAAGCCUAUGAUUGAUAUUGAAGACUUUAAUGAAUUCAUGACAAAGGUUGCUAAUUAAUUAAUUUAAAAAUAUGCUGAUAAAGUUAAUAUAAUUCAAGAGUAUUAUAGAAUUUUAGGUUAUGUGAUUUGA